AGAGUGAAAAGGUCGCAGCGUGGUCAAGUUUGGCGCUAGCGACAGACCCAGCAUUCCUCCCAGCGCACGCCGCCGCCCGGGCCGCGCUAUUCCAAAAUUGGGUCCGCCCUCGCGUGGCCCCCGGCCUGCUCCUGCGCUCUUCGCGGGUCGCUCACCUCCGCCUCCCCCCGACACAGCCCGAGCCCACCCGCCCCCCGGGUCGACCCACGUUUACCUCAGGGCGAGGUCCAGGCGCUCGGCCCCGCGGAGGCGGCGGCGGCCCCACCGCAGGUUCCUAGGUCCCAGUCACUCUGCCGCCAAGUUCCCCAACACGGACUCCGUGCGCUUUGAGGUGUUACGGGGGCGCUGGAGCACUGGCUUCGCUGGCCCUGCCAGGAGGCGGCGGCGAAGCAGGGAGCGACCCGGUAUGCGUUUCUCUGCCCGGCCUGCGGCCCUGCAGCAUCCACUCCUCGCCUCUGCUGGCCUCUGCCCUCGCUCGCUGCGUUCACCUGAGCUCACCCGAGCCCACCGGAGCCGACAGUGGCGCGCUAAGGUGACGUCCGCGCGGCCGGACCUCUCCUGUCCAACUUCUGAUCUUCUUCCAGGCCUGGGAUGGUGGGAGAAGCUCGGCAACGUGGAGUCGGUUUAUGUCAUCGACCCUGAAGAUGUGGCCCUUCUCUUUAAGUCCGAGGGCCCCAACCCAGAACGAUUCCUCAUCCCGCCCUGGGUCGCCUAUCACCAGUAUUACCAGAGACCCAUAGGAGUCCUGUUGAAGAAGUCGGCAGCCUGGAAGAAAGACCGGGUGGCCCUGAACCAGGAGGUGAUGGCUCCAGAGGCCACCAAGAACUUUUUGCCCCUGUUGGAUGCAGUGUCUCGGGACUUCGUCAGUGUCCUGCACAGGCGCAUCAAGAAGGCGGGCUCCGGAAAUUACUCGGGGGACAUCAGUGAUGACCUGUUCCGCUUUGCCUUUGAGUCCAUCACUAACGUCAUUUUUGGGGAGCGCCAGGGGAUGCUGGAGGAGGUAGUGAACCCUGAGGCCCAGCGAUUCAUUGAUGCCAUCUACCAGAUGUUCCACACCAGCGUCCCCAUGCUCAACCUUCCCCCAGACCUGUUCCGUCUGUUCAGGACCAAGACCUGGAAGGACCAUGUGGCUGCAUGGGACGUGAUUUUCAGUAAAGCUGACAUAUACACCCAGAACUUCUACUGGGAAUUGAGACAGAAAGGAAGUGUUCACCACGAUUACCGUGGCAUCCUCUACAGACUCCUGGGAGACAGCAAGAUGUCCUUCGAGGACAUCAAGGCCAACGUCACGGAGAUGCUGGCAGGAGGGGUGGACACGACGUCCAUGACCCUGCAGUGGCACUUGUACGAGAUGGCACGCAACCUGAAGGUGCAGGAUAUGCUGCGGGCAGAGGUCUUGGCUGCGCGGCGCCAGGCCCAGGGAGACAUGGCCACAAUGCUACAGCUGGUCCCCCUCCUCAAAGCCAGCAUCAAGGAGACACUAAGACUUCACCCCAUCUCCGUGACCCUGCAGAGAUAUCUUGUAAAUGACUUGGUUCUUCGAGAUUACAUGAUUCCUGCCAAGACACUGGUGCAAGUGGCCAUCUAUGCUCUGGGCCGAGAGCCCACCUUCUUCUUCGACCCGGAAAAUUUUGACCCAACCCGAUGGCUGAGCAAAGACAAGAACAUCACCUACUUCCGGAACUUGGGCUUUGGCUGGGGUGUGCGGCAGUGUCUGGGACGGCGGAUUGCUGAGCUAGAGAUGACCAUCUUCCUCAUCAAUAUGCUGGAGAACUUCAGAGUUGAAAUCCAACACCUCAGCGAUGUGGGCACCACAUUCAACCUCAUUCUGAUGCCUGAAAAGCCCAUCUCCUUCACCUUCUGGCCCUUUAACCAGGAAGCAACCCAGCAGUGAUCAGAGAGGAUGGCCUGCAGCCACAUGGGAGGAAGGCCCAGGGGUGGGGCCCAUGGGGUCUCUGCAUCUUCAGUCGUCUGUCCCAAGUCCUGCUCCUUUCUGCCCAGCCUGCUGAGCAGGUAGAAUGGGUUCUCAGUGGUCACCUUCCUCAGCUCAGCUGGGCCACUCCUCUUCACCCACCCCAUGGAGACAAUAAACAGCUGAACCAUG